CUUACCAGACUAGAGGACUCGCCUCACAGAAAGCUUAGUACCAGGGGUUCCGGCGACCAAGGGGACGACCUCGGAUACAACCGCCACCACGCAUGGUGUUUGGAGCCGAAGGCUCGCCCAUUCCUCCAUUGCGCCAACAGGCGGCGCAAGAGGGCGGUGGGAGUGUGCAUGCGCAGUUGGCGGACAUUUCCGCAGACAACGCUCACAGCCACCUCGGGUCUCUCGCGACAGCAUGAAGGCAGGCGAGGACGCCAGAGGAGCGCGCAGCGAGAAGCCGAAGAAGUUAGGUCUCUGCGUCCUCUGCGGACUGCCCGCAGCAGGAAAGUCGACCUUCGCGCGUGCCCUCAGCCACCGUCUACGGCAGGAGAGUAGCUGGGCCGUGGGCGUCGUCGCCUAUGAUGACGUCAUGCCAGACGCGUUCCUAGAGGAGGCGAGCGCUCGCCCAUUGCCAUCCCAGUGGAAAUCGCUUCGCCAGGAACUGUUGAAGUACCUUGAAUACUUCUUUCUGGCUGUCAUUAACGGGUGUCAGAUGUCUGCCCCACCCAGCAGGACUGAAGCCAUGUGGGAGGAUUUUCUAACCUGCUUGAAGGAUCAAGAUCUGAUAUCUUCUUCAGCACUUGAGGCCCAGUCUCACUAUCUCUUAACGAAGACUGCUGUUUCUAGACCUCUGCUUUUGAUUUUAGAUGACAACUUUUAUUAUCAAAGUAUGAGAUAUGAAGUCUAUCAGCUGGCUCGGAAAUAUUCAUUAGGCUUCUGCCAGCUCUUUUUAGAAUGUUCUCUCGAGACCUGUCUACAGAGGAAUGGCCAGAGACCACUUCCAGUGCCUGCCGAGACCAUCCACCUGAUGGGAAGCAAGAUAGAAAAGCCCAACCCUGAGAAAAAUGCUUGGGAACACAACAGCCUCACAAUUCAGAGCCCAGCGUGUACUUCAGAGGCCAGACUGAAAUUGACUGAUUUACUGCUUACUGCUUUGGAAAAUCCAAUAAAAUACGUGGAGGAGAAUGUGGAACAAAAGGAAACAGACAGAAUUAUUUGUUCAACUAACAUUCUUCAUCAAGCUGAUCAGACCCUCCGAAGAAUUGUCUCUCAGACAAUGAAGGAAGCGAAAGGUGAACAGUUGUUUCCGUACAACUUGAAACUUCUAGCCGAAGAACUUAACAAGCUCAAAGCAGAGUUUUUGGAAGACCUAAGACAAGGAAACAAAAAAUACCUGUGCUUUCAACAAACCAUGGACUUAUCAGAUGUUAUUUCUUUUUUUCAUUAUGAGAAAGAUAACAUUGUACGGAAGUAUUUUUCAAAGCAGCAUUAAAACUUGAUUUCCAAUCAAAGCCAUUUUGGUUACGAUUUUGCAAACUAAUUUAAACAAUUCUGUAUUACUGGGUGUUUUCUAGGCCAAUGAUGUGAAUUGCCAAAGGCGGGGGGGAAUCAGUCCAUUCUAAAAGAUCCAUUUGUCAUAACAGAAACUACUUCAGUCAGUCACUUGUCAGAUGUGACAUGGAUAAUUAAGCAUCAGAUAAUUAAGCAUCAGGAAGCAUGAAGCCUUCCUCAUUUAUGUGCCAGAACAGUUGGGGGGGCAGGGGUCACACCUUAAAUAGAAGAAAUUAGGAAGGAGACAAGAUGCUCAUUAUUGAACUGUUUUUGCUUUUAACUCAUGCAACAUCUUCUCAUGGGUAAGGCACUCUACAAAUCCAAACCAAGGUAGCCAUAAAAUCAAAAAAAAUUAACAUUUUACACACUGGAAAAUUAUUUAAAAAACUAAUUGGAUCCUAGUUUUCAAAAAAGAAAAAUCGAGGUCAUUAAAAAGUGUUAUUUUUUAUUCAUAUAUUACAAAAGCAAAGCUUCAUUCACAAUAUGAACUACAUACUAGAUAGAGUUAUUUCAGCAUUAAACUGCUUUCUGGAAUCCCUAAACAAUAGUGUGUUUUGCAACCAUACUCAAGUUUUAUGUUUUACAUACAAAAUACGUUCUUGACAUCAAAGUACAUAUUAACAAAACCAAGUUCUAGAAACCAUAUACCCUCUAAGACUAAUUAAUGAAAAGUCCUUAGCAGGGAAUUUUUUAAAAAAUAAUGCAUCCAUUUGAUAAAUAUUUUUGUAGAACUUAAAUGAGGUUUAUCUCUGAACAUUUUUUAGUAAUAUUCCCUUUGUCAAACAGUUCUGCAGAUGAAUGGCAAACACUUAUUUCUAAAAUGAAAUAGCACUGGAAAAUAUCCAGUGAAAUUUUUUCAAAGUAAAAGUCUAACCUUUACUUGAAUUUCAAGAAGUUGUAGCUACAUACUAUAUUCAUAAAAUCUGAAAUAAAAUUACUCCCUGUUAAUCUCUUCACAGUUUCUUAAAAAAAUAUUAGUGGAGAUAAAGUAUCUACCAACUUUAAAAAUCUAAACUUAUGUUCACUGAACAAAAAUAAAUUUAGUUUCAGAACAUUGCCUGUUAACAGCAAAGUAUUAUAAAUAGUGCAUGUUAAACUUUUCUGAACUCAUUUCUAUAAAAUAUUUGAUUAAAAAUAAAAUGGGAGAAACAUAUUCAAUACUUAAUAGAAGAUACUAACAUCUUUCCAAUACAGAAUUUAACUCACAAAAAAUUUAAAUAAAAUCCUAAAUAUUUUUAAAAAUACAAUACUAAGAAGGUUUCUAAGGUAGAUCUGCUUCAAAAACUUCAGUGCAUUUAGAAUUAACUACAGCUUUCAAGCAUCGAUACCUUUGGAAUACAACUGUGCUCUUUAGGUCCUAGGAAUUUUAAAAUUAUACAUUCUAGUUUGCAAUUGUGAAAAAAAAUCUGUUUGAACUAAAAUGUACUUUCAAAACGUCUCUCUUUAGUUGUCAGAAAAAAAAUGUAUUUGUCACUAUUUGGCCCAGAAUAUACAGUUAAUAGACUGGUUUUAACAUGAGAGUUCUUUUUUGUUUAAUGAAAACUUUCAUUUUCUAUUUUGUGGUAUUGCUUUUAUAUGAAGAAUAAAAUAGAAGAAAAAAAUAACCACAAAAGCUUCCAAAUGACAGCAACUUGUUUCUGACAAUAUAUACAUAUGAGGGCCAAGCUACACACUGGGAAAUGGCUGCACUAAAAGUGAUCUGAGCAGCGAGCGCUCCAAGCAACAGAGCAGAACAGGCUGCACACUUUACAUUCACAAGCCUCAGACUGACAAGAUUUGUUUGCAGAAACUCCUUGAUGCUGCUUUUUCAACAAUGCGAUGGAGAUUCGUUUAGAUUGGAUAUUAAACCACAGAACUCAUUUUAAUGGCUUUCUAGCAUUUGGAAGGGAGGGCAGAAGAUGCAUUAACUUGGCACUGGGGGGUUUUUGUGGACUUAUACCAUCAACAUUACCCUUUCACUUACUAUUAAGUGUAGAAGUCCUUCUUAGUUAUAAUGCUUAAUAGUUAGAAUACUUGCUUAAGAAGCCAAUUAGUAACUUUCAAGAUUUGAACCAAAUUAAAAAUAAAAAUUUUGCAAAGUACACAGAAACCAACAGUUAGUAACAAUAUAUUUUAUUGUUUGACCAAGCUGUCCUCAGAGUACGCUAGUUAUUACACAAAAACAGCCUCCUAGUCAAAACUAAUUACUGCGGAUUUAUACAGCAAGUUUUAUUUCUGUAAACAAAUUAAGUAUCAUGUUUAAAUUCAUUUUUAUAUCUAUUUCCACAUUUUUUUUAAUCCUCUUCUACUAAUGAUGAUUCAAUUCACAGUUUUAUAUAGUUUUCUUGCUGUACAUUAAAGACUGGUAAAACUGCAAAUAAGCAUUACAACUUGAAUUCACAGAAAAUAAAUGGCCAAUUCUGAAGAGGAGUCCAGAAUUCAUUUUGGACAUAUGUUCUCAUUUUUGUAAAUAUCACUUCACCAUCACACUUUCCCAUGUGUUUCUAUACCUACCUUUUCUUGAAAAUUAUGGGCAAUAAAUGGAUAGAAGGCAGGAAAAGGAAACUUCAGAUUUUGGCGGGAAGGACCGCAUUUCCUAGGAACAAGAUGGAUGACUUCCACUGUACCUCUUUGGUCAUCAAAGGAAUAGAAGGAAUAACAGAUCCUCAGUAUCGUUAUCAACCUCCCGUGUAACAUCAGAAUGAAGAUUUAAAUGAACAGUUCAGAUUAAAAGGAAAAAAGGCAUCUUCAUAGAUAAUCCUCUGAUAUUUCUAGCGUUCUCAUAUAUUUACCUGUAGUUUUUAAAAUAAAUUACAAGUAUAAUAAAAAGAAUCCAAUGGAAAAUUGCUGUGUUUAAACUACAAGUUGAAUAGGCAGGUAUUUUAAAUAUUAAACUCCAUUUUCAAUUUAAAGUCUUAAGUUUCAUUUCUUUUCAGAACUUUUACCUAUUUUUAUAACUUUAAUUUUAAAAGAAUUAAAUGUUUUUUAUUUUCCCUUAUGGAAAAAAGAAAGAUUUACUACACUGAAAUUGCUUUACUAUUAUCAGUUGAAAUUAAACUACUGAUUCAACUAAGCUAUGUUUACUAGAUAGUUUUUAAUUAAUGGCAAUUUUCAAGGCAAUUC